AUGCCGGAAUCGGAAGGAGGGACGCCGGUGGCGUCGGCGCCGGCGACUCCGGGGACUCCGGGGGGUCCCCUGUUUUCGGCGCAGAGGGUGGAUUCGAUGUCGUACGAUCGGAAGUCGAUGGCGGCGAGAUGCAAGUGCUUGCCGGUGACGGUGCCAGCGUGGAGUCAACCCGACACUCCCACCUGCUUCACUGAUUUCCCCACUCCCGAUAUUUCGCUCACUCGCAAGCUAGGGGCGGAGUUCGUGGGAACAUUCAUACUGAUCUUCGCGGCGACGGCGGGGCCCAUAGUGAACCAGAAGUACGACGGCGCCGAGACCCUGAUCGGCAACGCGGCCUGCUCGGGUUUGGCCGUGAUGAUCAUCAUCCUGUCGACGGGCCACAUCUCGGGGGCCCACUUGAACCCGUCGCUGACCAUCGCGUUCGCCUUCCUCCGCCACUUCCCUUGGGUCCACGUCCCGGCCUACAUCGCCGCCCAGGUCUCCGCCUCCAUCUGCGCCUCCUUCGCCCUCAAGGGCGUCUUCCACCCCUUCAUGUCCGGCGGCGUCACCGUGCCUUCCGUCACCACCGGCCAGGCCUUCGCCCUCGAGUUCAUCAUCACUUUCGUCCUCCUCUUUGUUGUCACCGCCGUUGCCACCGACACCCGCGCGGUGGGAGAGUUGGCGGGAAUAGCAGUUGGCGCCACCGUUAUGCUCAACAUUCUUGUUGCAGGGACAUCAACCGGUGCGUCGAUGAACCCGGUGAGGACGCUAGGGCCGGCAGUCGCAUCAGGGAAUUACAGGAAGCUUUGGAUAUACCUGGUCGCACCAACCCUCGGCGCUCUCGCCGGAGCUGGUACCUACACCGUCGUGAAGCUGCGAGACACCGAAUCCGACCCACCUCGUCCGGUUAGGAGCUUCCGUCGCUAA